CACAGUCCGUCGCGGCUGGCUACUUCGCCGCGGCUCUCUCGGCCCCUCCGCCCGGCCCGCAGGUAGGAGCCGCCGGGCGAUCGGCUCCCGGCCCCACCCACGCCGCGCGCGCCCAGCUCCCGCGCCCGCUUUGAGAGCUUACUCAUCAUCACCACCAUGAGCGAGGCAUUUGACUGUGCAAAGUGCAACGAGUCCCUGUAUGGCCGCAAAUACAUCCAGACAGACAGUGGCCCCUACUGCGUUCCCUGCUACGACAACACCUUCGCCAACACCUGCGCCGAGUGCCAGCAGCUCAUCGGGCAUGAUUCAAGGGAGCUCUUCUACGAGGAUCGCCAUUUCCAUGAGGGCUGCUUCCGCUGCUGCCGCUGCCAGCGCUCCCUCGCUGACGAGCCCUUCACCUGCCAGGACAGCGAGCUUCUCUGUAACGACUGCUACUGCACAGCCUUCUCUUCACAGUGUUCCGCCUGUGGGGAGACGGUCAUGCCUGGGUCCCGGAAGCUGGAGUACGGAGGCCAGACAUGGCACGAGCACUGCUUUCUGUGCAGCGGCUGUGAGCAGCCGCUGGGCUCCCGCUCCUUCGUGCCCGACAAGGGCUCUCACUACUGUGUGCCUUGCUAUGAGAACAAGUUUGCUCCUCGGUGUGCCCGCUGCAGCAAGACGCUGACCCAGGGUGGGGUGACGUACCGAGAUCAGCCCUGGCAUCGGGAGUGCCUGGUCUGCACCGGGUGCCAGACGCCCCUCGCAGGGCAGCAGUUCACAUCUCGGGAUGAGGAUCCCUACUGCGUGGCCUGUUUUGGAGAGCUCUUUGCGCCCAAGUGCAGCAGCUGCAAGCGCCCCAUCACAGGCGGGGGCAGUGGCGAGGGGGCAGGACUCGGUGGAGGCAAGUAUGUGUCCUUCGAAGACCGACAUUGGCACCACAGCUGCUUCUCCUGUGCCCGCUGCUCCACCUCCCUGGUGGGCCAAGGCUUCGUACCAGACGGAGACCAAGUUCUGUGCCAGGGCUGCAGCCAAGCAGGGCCCUGAACCCAAGGCUCCUGACUUUUCCCUUUCCCAAACUAAGGAUUUAAGACUAUGGCUCCUUCUCUGAACCACCUUGGAGACCCAGUCCCUCCCCUAGAGCCCCCACCCCACCCUUGAGCCCCUAUACAUGGGGUCUUAAGGAUUCAGCCUCCCAAUUCCAGUAUAGCCCACUGGUACUCUCUAACCCAGGUCCCGAAACCUGGGCUUGUGGAACACCCAUGACUUAAACUCUCUCCAAGUUUGGACUCCAGAAAUGAGUCCUCCCUUCUCUACUUUUUUUGGGGGGUUCCCAGAUCUAGCUCCCUCCCCGAUGAAGGCCCCAGACACCCAGCCCUCCAAAUCUGGACUCUGGAACCUAGGUCUCCUUAAACCUAGACUUCCUGGGUAGAUUUUUUUAGAUUUCCUGUGGGUGCCUGAGAAGUCUUAAAAAACACAUUGUACCGCAGUUUGACCUCACCCCCAUCUCUGGGCUGAAGUCGUCUGGAUAGCAGAUUAGAGGGGUUCCCUGGUUAGAGUAAGGUACAGGGUGCUGUCCAGCCUAUGAGUACCACGUUAUUUCAGCUCCACGUUGCCCAGAGAUGGGCAGCACGGGGUGGCCCACUGGGCUUCCAGAAUCUGCAAUAAAACAAGUGUGA